UGAUCAUCUCUCACCAGCAUAACCGAUGUGGGACCGCAAGCUCGAGCGAGCAAGGAGUAAAGUCUCCAUUUAAUUGUAGUACUACUUCGCUACCUCCAGCGCAUCUCCAUGUCAAGCCUCACCACCUCCCCACGGCCCGCAGAACGGCAAGACAUCCACAAAUCAUGCGGAACGUUGGAGACACUCGUAAACAUGCUUACUGACUACUGCGAAGCUGCAGGGGCUAUCGUCGCACUACAGAGGAAGCUCUCAAAAACCCUCAAAGAAGCUGCUGCCCUCAAAACAACCAAUGAGAUCGCAGGCAACGCCUUGAACAUUAGCGCAAGCAUAUUCGACGUUCUUUCCGAUGUCGAUGCUAAGUUUGCAAAGAUAGCUGAUACGGAAUGUCGCAGUAUCAGUUUAGAGGUGAAAAAAUGGUUCAAAAAGCUCGCGAAAGAAGAGAAAACCCAUGACGAACGUAUGGAUGAUUCAAACGCUCGUAUAAAGCAAGCUGGUCAGGCAUACGAGAAGAAGGCUAAGAAGAGCGCACGCGAUGUUGGGGAAGAACACGCUCGUUAUGUCAAUCUGCUCAGUACGCUUGGUCCUGAUAUGUCUCAGGAGAAAUAUAAUCAUGCGUUACUCGUGACGCAACAGCACACAUCGACUACGUAUAGCAUAGCAGCCUGCCUCUCGAGGGUCGCAGAUGCAGAAUGGGCGCGGUCAUGUGAAAGCAUCCGUCGAUUCUCCCCGUCUAUUGGUCCACUUGGUGAAUGGCGAGCUCUCUGCGAGGGCGCAUGGACAGGUCCCUUACCCGAUGACCUACCAGACAUAUUACCUGCGCCUGCUCGAGCUCCACUUCCAACCCGGGGUGUAACGGAAUGGGGUCAAAACAUCCCGCCUGGAAAACACGAGUACCAAACUUCGUUUCCCCUUCCUUCACAAGCCAAUCCCGCCGACCUCGAACGUCCUCACCCGCCAUUCAGCUCCAACGAGCAGAACCAGAACCAGGGCUCCAUCAACUCGAUAACGACUCUCAGCGCGUUCCCCUUCCCUCCGACACAUUUCCCCAUCCCUCUAGCUGCCAACGAAGCAGAGCUGCAGCACCAGAGAACGCAAAUGCAGAGUCUACAAGUUCCCCGACCAAAUCAACCAGCUCAACAACGUGUCCUAUUAUCGGAAUCUCCACAGCCGAUCGAGAGUACGCUUUCUGAUAAGCAUGUGCUCGUUGAUUUCAAGUUGUAUUCUGCGUCUCAGGGACAGACUACGCCAUCCUCUUUACAGCAUAGGUACUCUGAUAAUCACCUCGAAGAGAAAAUGGCGCAGGGAAUAGUUGAACCGCGGAUGUUGACUGGUAGCGAGAAGAAGGUCCCGGGACAGACGCAGUCCCGGUCCUGCGAGGAAGUGAAACUUGAUCGACUAUCCCUGAUUGCACGAGCGACUUCAAGCGAGAAAGCACUCAACAGCAAGCAACUAGAGCAUACUCCUCCUUCAGAGCGCGAGUUCGGUGCUUCAGUGGAAAGCCGCAGCGCAUUCAAAAGGGGCCGGAGUAUCGAUGCUGCGAAGAAGACGCCUGAGCGCACUAAUAGUUCUACGAGCAAUGUGAGUAUUGUUGCUGCUUUGCUCAAUCGUUACAGUCGUACGAUCGAGCCUCUGUCUCUGACGCCGAAAGAUGUACCGCGCUUGCCGAUGAGCGUUUCAGAUCUCGCUUCUAGAUAUGAGCCUAUAGAUGAGACCCCUCGACGUUCGCCAACCGAUAGACAAGUGGUCGAUGAGAACCCUCCUGCUUCCCAAGUCACCCGUGACGGCCCUCAAGGCGAAGAAGAUAUUCGAAAGCGGAGACAACGUAUCGAACAGCUCGUAGAACUAGAGCUCAAGGAGAAAGAAUGCGAGCUUCGACAGCGCGAACGAGAACUCAACCAGAAAACGCGCGAUCUCGAGCGCGAUCGAAUGCAUUUUCUUGAUGCACGGGGCGACCUUAUCAGUGCUAGUGACACGCCCAGAGUGCCUCACGCGACACCAUUCCAGCACAAACGCGGCUCACAGAGCACUUCACACCUUGUCCUUCCACUGAACUCGACUUCACCGCAGCGGAAAUCUCAAUCUCCGUCAAGCUCACAGCCGUCUUCUCCUCUACCUGCGAAAGACCACGCGCCAUUUUGCGGUUGUGAUACGUGUUCCGUCAUUAAAUACAAAACACCAGAUGUUUCACCCUCACCUCGCGACCUACGUCCUCCGGAGCCUCCUAUUAUUUCAUGCCCUGAGAAGCCCAGGGGCUGGAUACGGAGACUGAGCAUGCCUGCUGUCGGUGCAGCACUCUCGUUGGAUGCGAAGAACGCAAGUGCUACGAGUCUGAAGUCUGGCUUGUCGUCUGCGGUUGAUAAUGGGAGACGGAGGAAGCGUAGUUUUGAUCAGGGGAUCAGUAACCGGAGCGUUGGGAUGGUACGGAGGUAGUGUGAUCAAUGUGCUUAGAUUAUUUCUUUUUUUGCUUCUAGAUACAGGUUUUGUCUUACUCUGCGGUUGAUGGAUCCUCUGUCGCAGCUUACUUACGACCCAUGCAUACAUGAUCUUAUUAAUACUAGUACUGUGAACUGAUCCCCAUUAUUAAAUAAUUAAAUAUUUCUGAAGUUCCUAUUACUUAAUAUUGGCCUUCAAGCUUACCUUAUACGUAGUCAAAUCGUUUACUGU